AUGCCCGAGGCAAGUGACUACACAGUUGGCUGGAUAUGUGCCCUAAGUACAGAGUACGUCGCCGCUCAAGUCGUCCUUGAUGAAGAACACGGGGGUCCUGAUUGCGUCUCUGAUCGGGACAAUAAUGAUUACACCCUCGGUAGAAUUGGAGAACACAACGUUGUCAUUGCAGUCUUGCCUGAUGGGGAGUACGGCACGGCGACUGCAGCAGCUGUUGCAAAAGAUAUGGUACACAGCUUCCCUGCUGUCAGAAUAGGUCUCAUGGUUGGCAUUGGUGGUGGUGCACCAAUGAAGCAUGAUAUUCGACUAGGGGAUGUGGUCGUGAGUGCGCCCCGUGAUGGCACGGGCGGCGUAUUUCAGUACGACUUUGGCAAGACUAUCCAGGGUCAAAGUCUUCAAUGCACAAGGGUUCUUGAUAACCCACCGGCUAUAUGCGUUCCGCAGGCUGAAACCGAGGACAACCCAACGAUCCAUUAUGGACUGAUCGCCUCGGGGAACCAGUUGAUGAAAGAUGCUGGAAUCCGCGAUAAAAUUUCAGCAGAAAGAGACAUUCUAUGCUUUGAGAUGGAAGCUGCCGGAUUAAUGAAUCACUUUCCUUGUCUUGUCAUCCGUGGCAUAUGUGAUUACUCGGAUAGUCACAAGAAUGAGGACUGGCAGGGGUAUGCCGCGAUGACAGCUGCCAUGUAUGCAAAAGAGCUUUUAACCCGAAUCGCGCCUAAGACGGUCGAGGCAGAAAAAAAGCGCUGCAAAAAUUCUUUCAGACGGCAGGACGACCCAAUCCUUAAUUGGCUUAGUGACAUCGAUCAGGGGCCUCAACAGAGAGCCACUAUCGGUCAACGCGAAGUAGGAACCGUUGAAUGGCUCCUAGACUCAACUGUGUUCCAGGCUUGGUUACACCGGGAUAAACAGACACUAUUCUGUCCCGGCAUCCCAGGAGCAGGCAAGACCGUUGCCACGUCACUUGCAAUCGAUUCCCUUUGUCGCAAAUUCCAAAAUGAUAAGAGCGUCGGAAUUGCAUUCGCGUUUUGCAGCUAUCAGCAGUCAGUAUCAUGCACAGACCUGCUUCGGAGUAUACUUAAACAGUUGGCCCAAUUUUCCAUGCCCGAGGCCGUGAUCAAUUUGUACAGACACCACAGUCCCCGAGGAACAUUUCCCUCGCCUGAUGAAAUAUUUGAUACACUACGCGAUGUUGUUGCUGGUUAUUCGAGAACCUUCAUCCUAAUUGACGCACUCGACGAAUUGAAGGCUUCUGACGGCACUCGCUCGAACAUCAUUUCACGGCUGUUUAGACUCCAGAACGGAUCCAAUACAAAUCUCUUCAUGACCUCAAGGCAUGUCUCUGAAGUAACAGAAAAGUUGCAGAAAAGAGGAUGCAGUAUAUUGGAGAUCCGUGCGACAGAGGGAGAUGUGAGGAAAUAUAUUGAACAUCAACUAUCAAGCUUUCCGGCAUUCGUGCAAGAGACUCGGGGGCUGAAAGAGCAGAUAACCACUGCAAUUAUCAACACGACUGACGGGAUGUUCCUUCUUGCAAAACUCCACAUAGAGUCCUUACGGUACAUGACCAGCGCCAUGAAGAUUGAUGAUGCGUUAGAGAGACUCCCUAAAGGGUCACGCGCUUACUAUGAAUCAUAUGACAAUGCCAUGGAGAGAAUCAAAGGCCAGCAGAAAGAAUACAGUGAGCUCGCUAUCCAAGUCCUCACCUGGGUUACCCAGUCUCGGAGACCCAUGCGAAAAUUGGAACUACAACAUGCUCUUGCUGUUACAGCCAAUUCAUCGGCGCUUAAUCCACGAAACUUGCCGGACAUUGAACUGGCAAAAGACGUUUGUACUGGGUUGAUAGUCUAUGAAGAACAAAGCGACGUCGUUCGCUUGGUCCACUACACAACUCAAGAGUACUUUGAGCAAUCCUGGGCAUCAUGGUUCCCAAGUGCAAAUCAAUAUAUCUCCACCGUUUUGCUCACAUACUUGAGCUACGAUCAAUUUUCUAGCAAGCCUGCCGAGAAUUGGAUACAAUACAACCAGCAGCUGGAGGAAAACUGCCUCUACGACUACGCUGCAAAAUACUGGGGACACUAUGCAAGGGUGGCAUACCCUGAAGUCAAGGAUAUCACGGCUCGAUUCCUCCGAAACAAGCAAAAGAUUGCCCGCGCUGCACAGGUUUUACUCGUGCAGCGAGGGGUUUUUGGCACCCUUAAAAUACCGGAGGGGGUGACUGGACUCCAUAUUGCGGCUUUCUUCGGCAUUAAAGAAGAGGUCGUGGAAUUGCUACGAGAAGGCUUUGGUCCUCAUGUAGCAGACAGCUUUGGGCAGACAGCGUUACAUUGGGCUGUGAAAAAUGGGCAGAAGCACACAGUUGAGCUACUAUUAAAGGAAGGGCUCGAUGUGAAUGCAACCGAUAUGGACAUGAAAUCUGCCCUGCAUUACGCUGCAAGCCAAGACAAUCCAGCAUUGAUACGACGUCUCGUUAAAUGCGGUGCGAUGAUUGACGCUCGGGACAUACAAGGGCAGACACCCUUACUGACUGCUGCGGUAGAUAUGAGAGUAAAGGCUGCAAAAGAGCUUCUCUCUCAUGGAGCCCUGACUAAUGCAGUAGAUACAAUGAACCGGAAUGCAUUACAUUUAACGGCAAUUGCCUCCCGGCCUGAGGCUAGUUUGAUGACAGACUUGCUGUUAUCCCAUGGUGCUGAUUUCACGACGUGUGAUGUGGGAAACAUGACCCCAUUGCUUUACGCAGUUGGAACGGGAAGCACCUCUAUUCUAGACUCUCUUCUUCAGGCGGGCGCAGACGUCAAUCUGGGAAUUGAGAGAAAGUAUUGGGCAAAAACCAUUGACUCUGGGAGAAGAGCCCAUUGGGAAUGCCGGACGACUGGGGUUGUCAAAGGAAAAACCAAAGAUGCUACUGGGCUCACGCCUCUGCAUUUUGCAGCUUGCAUUGGCCAUAAUGUGAUGACCGAAUACCUUCUAGAUAGAGGUGCUGACCCAAACGCGCGCUGCUACCACGGGGAUACGCCGUUACAUGUCGCCCUGCGGAGAAGCAUAUAUAAGGCACGAAGCAGCCCACGGCUACCACGAUAUGGUGUCGUUCUGCCUGAUGACGACGAAUGGACUGACAGCAGGUGGCAUGUGGAAUUUUCUGCCGACUUCAUCUCUGACUAUGAAGGAGAAGAAGCACAGGAAAUAUACCAGUAUAUCGAAGAAGAACGGCUGGCAGUAGUCAAGUCCCUUCUUUCAAGAGCCACUAUUGAUGUGAAUAUCCGAAAUACUGAACUUUGUUCCCCUCUUCACACAGUUCAGUAUGGCAAUUGCAACUCGGAAGUUAUCGUUGGCGAGCUACUUCUGGCCGGAGCUGAUAUUUUUGCACGCAAUGCGAAAGGCCAGACUGCUUUGCGCCUUGCCUGCAAAUCAGGCGCCUCAACCAUUGCCUGCAACUUUCUUGGCAAAGGUUGUUGCAUUACCACCGUGGACCUUCAGGGCCUCAGUGCAUUGCACUAUGCUGUUUCCGCCAAUAAAUAUGACACUGUCGGAGUGAUCUUGGGUAUGGACGAACAACUGGCCGCCCGGCGUCUUUGUCUUGAAAGGGACGCGCGAGGAAGGAAUUUACUGCACUACCAUUUGACAGCCAAUACCUGCUCCCUUGAAAUGAUUGCCAUCCUCCUGCGUCACGGCACAAGUUUGACCGAUGUCGACCAAGAUGGGGACACUCCACUCAGCCUACAUCUUCGAGGAUUUAGAUUGGGAGACCGGACAGAGAUUUGUUGUUUCCUUUUGCAACAUGGCGCUGACGCCCUCUGGACAAGCUCCGAAGGCCAAAAUUUAGCACACUUGGCAAUGCACAGCCAUAGCACCGAGCCUGGCGUUUUGAAGGCCCUCAAAGAUCACGGUGUCGACUUGGCGGCAAGGGACGAUAGUGGGAAAACCAUUCUGCACCAUGGUGCCAUGAGCGGUUCGUUGAGCAAGGAGGUCAUCGACUUUUUGCGGAAAAAUAGUCCCUUCGAUCUGGCUGAAAGAGAUAAGGAGGGGAAAACACCCCUUCUGUAUGCAAGAGAAGCAGCAAACAAAACGCGGUCACGAGAUGUAUUUGCUGGAGGUAGAUGGAAGCAUACGUUGGAGAACCUCAGCAGCUCAGUCGAAGCUGGGGGAGUUGGACGGACACCUUAG